UGUUUAUUUCAGUGAUUGAGCGCAAAAGGAAGGAGGUGGUUCACCUCCUCUCAGCUCCAUCUCCAACAGAGAUGUGUACAUCCAACAAUUCGCCCAUCUCUCCAUGUCACUCCCCCUCUCUCGUCUAAUCCCAAUAGUGCAAGGGUGACAAAUUGUUCAGUCAAACACGCUUCAUGUAGCGAAGAAUCUAAAGGGUGGGCAGUGCUGUUUCAACAAAGCCUCCUCCUCCUCCUCCUCCUCUUUUCUCUCACACACUUGGAAGGUUUUGCCCCUUUUUGGUGUGUAACUGCGCUAGCACUACACUUGGCCUUCUUCCCCUUGCCUCCACCAAGCACAAGAAGCUAAGGUAGCUACCAAACCACUCUCCUGCAAGUCCUCAAAUCUUAGGACUUAGGAUCAGCAUCAGCUUCCCUCUCAUGAGGCAUCCCUGCAUAUGAUGGCCACAAGUCAUUAUAAAAGGGAAGCCACCAAUAAGUUCUCUCUGUCUCUGCAUGCAGCCAGGCCCCUCCUCUCAACUUGUUCUUCUUCUAACUGAUCAGCUGCUUCCUUUUCUUUUCCAAUCCUCCCUACGCCUACACACCCACCCACAACUUUAAGGUAGCUGCUAGCUAGUGCUAGUGCAUGGCUAUAUAUAUGCAUCUAUAAGUAGAGUAGGUUGCACCCUCCAAGGGGUUCAUCAUUCAUCAGUGUCAUCACCUUAGAAGGUGCAUGCAAGGAGACAGGCCACAAUAAUGUCUCAGAGGAAAGGGGCCUCCAUGGCUGCUGCAGUGACGAGCAGCAAGCACCAUGAGGAUCAGGAGAUGAUGAUGGAGCUCAGGAGAGGCCCCUGGACGCUUGAGGAAGACAACCUCCUCAUGAACUACAUUGCUUGCCACGGCGAGGGCCGCUGGAAUCUCCUCGCCCGUUGCUCCGGGUUGAAGAGGACCGGCAAGAGCUGCCGGCUGAGGUGGCUCAACUACCUCAAGCCUGACAUCAAGCGCGGCAACCUCACGCCGGAGGAGCAGCUCCUCAUCCUCGAGCUCCAUUCCAAGUGGGGAAACAGGUGGUCGAGGAUCGCGCAGCACCUGCCAGGGCGGACGGACAACGAGAUCAAGAACUACUGGCGGACGCGGGUGCAGAAGCAGGCGCGGCAGCUCCGGGUGGACGCCAACAGCGCCGUCUUCCGCGACGCCGUCCGCUGCUACUGGAUGCCGCGCCUGCUCGAGAAGAUGGCCGCCACGUCGACCGCGCACGACCUCCACGGCGAGCUGCUGCCGCCGGCGCCGCCGCUCCACCCCUCGCACGUCGUCGCCGGCAUGGCCUCUUCCUCCUCGCCGAUCCACGGCAGCCAUGACCAUGAGCAGGACCCGACGAGCAACGCGCCGGCGGGCAGCGGCUACUACCACCAGCGGUACCCGGUCGACCCGAGCCCGAGCACGUCGACGACGUCCGGGUCAACCUCGGCCGCCGCGCUCCCGCCGGUGCCCUGCUUCUCCGAACUGAGCUGGGUCGACCAGUACGGCUACGGCCCUUACAGUUACACCACCGACCUCGACGGCGCCGCGGGCGUGUCGUCGUUCGACGACGACUCGGCCGCGCUGGAGAGCCUCGGCCUGGACGGGCUGGACCUCGGGCCGGCCGAGGCCGACAGCGACGUGUUGUACUCGGACACGACGCUGCUGGACUACCUCAACUCCACAUGCGCCGGCGGCGGCACCAUGAUGACGAUGAUGGGCGGCGGCGUCGGCGGCGGUAGCGUCGUCCACAACAGCUGCGGCGGCGCCAUGGGCGGAUGCGGCGACGACGUCGCCGAGUACGGGCGCCCGACGUCGUCGUCGUCGUGGCGGACGGACGAGCUCGUGUUCCAGGCGUCGGCGAGGAAGCUCGGUGAUCAUCAGCAUCAAUGGGGAGGAGGAAUCUAGAAGCAAUCGAUCGAAUCGAGAGAGGUUGCUAGCUAGCUCACUAAAGCCUAGCUAGCUAUAGGCUAUAGCUAGAAGGAUGAAGAUGAUGAUGAUGAUGAUGGGCGCGCACAGCAGGUUGCUUCUUGCGACGUCUCUCUCCCAAAGCGAUGAUCGAGAUGUCACACUAGUUAAAUUAGUGGAGCUAGCUAGAUGCGUCAGUGGCGAUCCAAAAUCGACCUUAGCAGGCGAGCGACGUACGUACGUUCCGAUCGAUCGAUCGAGAUAUCUCUUGCUGUUAAUUUGAUCGAUCGUUCGAGAUCGUGGUUUGUGUAGUCGAGAUGUUGAGUUUGAUGGUGCACGUACGCAUGUAUGUAUGUGCGUACACGUGUUGUUGUGUUGUCACUUUUAUUGUUAGUGGCGCGUAUAAUUCACGUACAUGUGUGUGUGUGUGUUUCGUUA